GUGCGUAUGCAGCAACAGAGCAAACUUAGUGGGAACGCUGUUCCCUUCACUGAGAGCUGUGGGCUAAGUUGUGUUUUGUAUUGGGUCUAUUUUUGAGUUUCUGCAGAAUCAAGAGGGAGCCACUUCAAGGAAAAAAACAAUUUUUGUGAAAGUUUAAGCCAGGAAAAAAAAAAAAUGUCUGAUGCUGGAGUAAACCCGCACUUGGAGGGAAUUAUUUUGGAUUUUGAAGCCCUUAAGAGGUCCUUUGAGGUGGAGGAUGUUGACACUUCGUCCCAUUCUUCACCCGGCUCUCGCCGAGCCACCAACUCCCCGCACCGUAACGCCAUGUCUCCCACCAGUAUCUACUACCGUGACCUUGGCAGCGCCGCCCCCGCUACCAACAACAACAACCUCAACUACUCCCAACCACGGUCCAUCAUGGGUGGCGGUGGCUCCAGGACCCCUGAACCUGUGUCACGCCGUUCUGAGCUCUCCAUUGACAUCUCCUCCCCUAGCAAGCAGGUGGACAACAUCACCAGCCCUGCCUCCUCGCGCUUUGUGAGUAACAGUGCGCUGAAGCGCCCCGAAGUCUUGGGACACUCCAGGACCCCAGAGAUGGGCCACAGGAGGGAGGUCACAUUUGCCAAGACCCUCACUGAUUCCCCAGUGAUCCGCCGCAACGAGGGCAACAAUAACAACAACGGGAUCAUCCGAGCUCCUGAGCAGAAUCACACUCGCAAGUUUGAGUCGCUGAGUCUUGGUGAUGUGCGUAAACCUGAAAUCAACAUCACUAAAGCUCCUCCAGAGAACAAUGGCCACCACCCAGCUGUGCACCACCCUCACCACCCCAACCCACACCAAAACACCAUCGUCACCACCUUCCGCUGCUCCUCUCCCAGCCAUGCUGGACGCAAGUCACCUAACCCUGACAGGUCAGAGGUCAGCCUGAGCCACAGCAACAUGUCCGAGUCCACCAAGCCCCAUCAUCCCAACCCUCAAGGCAAGGGGGAGAAGAGCCAUGGAGGAGACUUCAGCUACGUUGGCAUCGAUGCCAUCCUGGAGCAGAUGAGGAGGAAGGCCAUGAAACAAGGCUUUGAGCUCAACCUCAUGGUUGUGGGGCAAAGCGGCCUGGGGAAAUCCACCUUGAUGAACACACUGUUCAAAUCCAAGGUGAGCCGUAAUAAAUCGGUCCAGUCCAACCCGGAGGAGAGGAUCCCCAAGACGGUUGAAAUUAAAUCCAUCAGUCACGAUAUUGAGGAGAAGGGAGUGAGGAUGAAGCUGACGGUUAUUGACACUCCUGGUUUUGGAGAUCAAAUCAACAAUGAAAACUGCUGGCAGCCCAUCAUGAAGUUCAUCAAUGACCAGUAUGAAGCCUACCUGCAGGAGGAAAUCAACAUCAACAGGAAGAAAAGGAUCCCAGACUCCAGGGUUCACUGCUGCAUAUACUUCAUACCUCCCACAGGGCACUGCCUUAGACCUUUGGAUGUGGAAUUCAUGAGGCGUCUCAGCAAAGUGGUCAACAUCGUCCCGGUCAUCGCCAAGGCCGACACACUGACCCUGGAGGAGAGGGACAGCUUUAAACAGACGAUCAGGGAAGAACUGCGAGCCAACGGGAUCGACGUCUAUCCGCAGAAAGAGUUUGAUGAAGAUGCAGAGGACAGAAUGAUCAAUGACAAAAUCAGGGAGAUGAUCCCUUUUGCUGUGGUGGGCAGUGACCAGGAGUACCAGGUGAAUGGGAAGAGGCUUCUGGGAAGAAAAACAAAAUGGGGCACCAUUGAAGUUGAGAACAUUGCACAUUGUGAGUUUGCUUACCUGCGAGAUCUACUCAUCAGGACUCACAUGCAGAACAUCAAGGACAUCACAGGGAGCAUCCACUACGAGACGUACCGCGUCCGUCGGCUAAACGAAUCCAACGGCCAUGUCAUCUCUCAGACAUCUGACCAUAUGGCGGUUCAACCAAAGGCCAACGGUCAGCUGGAGGAGCAGCCCGGUGCCCUGCAGGCCAAUGGGGUGGCUGCUCAACAUGAAGCCCUGUCCCAUGAGAUGUAGAGGUCAACUGUGGCACCGGUUUAUGAUAUCAGGCACAAUCCAUACACUCAGACAUGCUUUGUUUACAUGAACAAGCCCAAAUCUAUACAGAACACACAUGCACACUGAUGCUGUGAAGAGCAUUCUAAGCACACAGAUGGACAAGAUACAUUUUUCUUUCUUUUUUUUUUCUUUCCUCUAUAAUUGCAUUUCCGAGUAAAAAUCCUUGCUGCAAUACAUGGCGAUGUAAAACAGUUAAAACUAAAAGUUUCAGUUCAUGGAGCGACUAAAGGAAAAUCUCCUUCCAGGGAGCCGAUACCCUCAGUCAAACCCUGACAGAAAGCCAUCCGAUCAGUUGAAAACAGCAUCAUUUUAAAUGAAGUACAACAUAUGACGAUUCUGGCCGCGCUCUGAGCUAGAAAUAUUUCCGUGCCACUUGCCUGGUCUGUUUUGUGCUGUGGUGUGGUGUAUAGUAAUGUAUCGUUACUGAGGUUAAAUAGGACUAGGGUUAGGUUAGGUUUACAUUGUUAUGGGUAAAGAUAUAGUCGACACCUCUGCACUGUGAAACAAAUCCGAAAUGCAACAGUAGUGUGGAGCAGCUCCUUGUGUUGUUAGGAUGUUCCGAAUCCCUUUAUUGCCAAACCAGACUGUCUUUGUCAAUACAUUUCUGAUAGUAUUGUGUUAUCAGCUGUGUUACAUUUUCCAUCGCUUGUUUACUGUUGUAUUUUUAUGGCUUAUGUUAAUGUUCUAAUAUUAACUGUAUAAGAUAAGGUUUGUCCAAUGCAGUUGUUUUGUUCAUUCUUCUGACCGUAAACCAAAUACAUUUGUUUUUGUUCUAAAGAGAAGCACAUACAGCAUAUAGAGCUGAAUUAUGAGUAGCUAUUUAAUUGUUGUUUAAUGUAGUACGUAUAAUUCAACUUUAACUCCUGAAGUUUGUAACAGGCCAUAAAUGAUAGUUAAUAAUAACUUUAGGUUUAAAAUGUUGUCAUGGUUUUUCCUAUAGCAUGUUUUAUCAUAUUUGUGAGACUGCACUGUGUCGAUUAUGAAAUUAUUUUGGCAAGAGGAAACAUUCCUACCAAUUCAUGAGACUUUCAUUCAGGAUUUCUGUUACAUUUGUGUGUGGAAAAAAAAUGUGCCUAUGAAAUUUUAAAAUAAAACAUGCAAAUAAUUUGAUGCAAAUACAUUUCAACAGCAGCUAAAAUGUAAUAUUUUUGAUGACUUUUAUUCUCAAGGAAUGUUUUCUAGGCCCAAUUUACCUGCCAUUCUCAGUCAACUUUGCAAGCCUGAGCAGAACUAUUUUCCCUAGCAAAUGCAAACAGAACUAUUGUAUCUUAAGGAAAAGUAACUAAAUUACUCUUUGUUUACUGUUGUAUAGUUCCUGUGUAAUUUGUCAUGCUAUUUCAGAUUAAGGUUUUAUCUUUGAUAUGCUAUCUCAAAGAAUAAAGAUUGAUAUUUUUACUGUUGA